AUUUACAGACGGCAUGAGUACAUCAGACACUGAAGGUAGCUCUGCCUCAGACACGUCCGACAAGUCAGACACGGAUCACAAAGCGUACGCUUAUUCCGAUACAUUGACACAUCUAUCGCGACAAUUGGAGACUCUGGUGAGAAGGGAGGCGACACCUGUUCCUGCCGUCGCCUCAGUUCGACCACCCGUUGCAACGGUCACCACAUGUGCUACAAGUGUGUCCUCACGAGUGUCUCCAGAGUUACAGACUCAAGAAAUCGAUUCUCAGAAUCUAAAUAACGAUGUGAUACUCGACUCUUCGAGUGACCGCUCCAGUGAUAUUGUGUCCAACAAUAACAGUGUUAGUGUUUCACCGCCUCUAGUGACCAGUUCUUCACCAAAAGUUCCGAAAAGCAAACCUCAAUUGAAAAGCCCAGCCGUUGUGCCCGUCAUUGAUGUCAAACCAACGCCAGUUGUGGCUAAACCAAAGUCACCGGAAGCGCUGGCUAUAGCGCCACCCGAACCACAACAGCCGCGAACUUUUGUUUCAAUAUUGGAAGUGAGAACUCCCGAUGCAGUACCGCAUGCACUCUAUACUGUCAAGAAUGGACAACCAUUUACGAUCGAAGCGCCGCCUAAAUUACCUCAUUCAGUCAGAAUUAGAGUUCUUCCCUCGUAUACUACUAUAGAGAGAAUUAAAAGGUUGUUGAACUCCGACAGUGACGACAUCGAGACGUUGGAGCAAACAUUGAAAGUUUCUCUCAUGUGUCCCAUCACAAGCCAAGUUGUGAUAAUACCGAGUCGUUCCAUCAACUGUCAUCACAUCGAUUGUUUCGAUAUCAACAACUUUUUCGAAAUAGUCUAUAAUAAGAAAAUAGACGACUGGAAGUGUCCCAAAUGCAAACAACCCGCUAAACUCGAACAGCUAGUUAUUGAUAGCCAAAUGGACCACAUAUUAAGAAUGAUGAAAGCACUCGAUUCGUCGGUAGAAAACAUCACGUUUGACAAACACGCCGUUUGGAUGCCAGAGACCAAACGACCCGAUAAUUUUGUAUCUAAGAGUAGCGACAAUAAAGUCAUUAGUUUGGACACGAGUUUAGACGAGAUCAUAGAUAUCGAUGACGACGAGGAAGUGGCCAACGAUUCCGGCUCUAAGACUAAUUCACUACUAAAUACCUACGCAGCGAAGACGUUGGCGUCGGCCAAGAGUUACCAGAAGGAUAUAACGACUUUCGUGCAGACAAACAAACAAAACGAUAAAAGGGCGCCAAAUGCAGAGAAGGAGGCGUCGAUCAAUAAUAUCGUCCAGUUUUUGACCACUGCUGAACAGGAAGUGAACCGCUCUUCUCGGCCCAUAACCACUCACACGUCGACAACUGUCGGUAAUCGACAGAAUAUUAAUUUAGUGAUUACUAGACCUCCCGGCACUCAAAAUACUGCUACUGCUCCGCGCAAUACGCGAGUGACCGUACGGCCGACCAAUGCUGGACACGCAGUCGUUUAUAACAGAGCGCCGACAACGGUUAACGUGACGAACACCACUGCGUCGGCCACAACGUCCACAUCGAGUCAAGCGGCGGCGAGAGGGGACUAUGUUUUCAAGUUUGCCAACGGAUUGGUCAGUGGUAUUCACUGCAAGAUAUGCGCCAUUGAUCUCAACAUACAUAACCAGAAUCCCCAGAAUAUAUUGACACAACACGUGAACAACGCUCACCACAAACUAAUGGAGCAAAAGCGUGACCAACAGAACGCAACGGCUCGCCAAUCAGUGCAUCAAAAUAAUUCACUGAAUAAUAACAAUAAUUUUCACAAUCGCCAACAGCAGCCGCAGCCGCAACAAGUCUAUAACCAACACUAUGCCUUCGGUUCGGGCGCUACCGGUUAUGCCAAUCAAUAUCCCGCCCGAAACCCGUUCGCACCAAUGGAGACACCGCAACACUUCGCGCCCAACAACCAGAUGUACCCGUCGACAGGCUAUAUGAUGCCUAAUGUUGUAUACCAGCAGCCAAUUGCACAACAGCCGGGCCCUCAACCCGUGCCACAGCCCGCACAUUCCGCACCCAUGUACACUUACCAGUGGAAUAAUGGCCAGCAAAGCGGUUAUUAUAACGGCUACAGAUGAUUAA